GCUUGUCGCUCUUGAUCAACACACAAGGAUAAAGCUCAAUUAUGGUGCAUAAAGUAGCAGUGAUUGGGGCCGGUCCCAGUGGUCUCACCAGCAUGAAGGCUUGUCUGGAUGAGGGCAUGGUGCCAACUUGCUUUGAAAGCAGCGAUGAUAUGGGAGGACUGUGGAAGUUCAAGGAAGUAUCAGAGCCAAACAGAGCCAGCAUCUAUCGUUCCCUCACGAUCAACAUUUCCAAAGAGAUGAUGUGCUACAGUGACUUCCCCAUCCCUGCUGAUUACCCUAACUACAUGCAUCACGCUAAAAUCCUGAAAUACUUCAGGAUGUAUGCAGAUCACUUUAAACUGCUGCAGCACAUUCAAUUCCAGACCUUGGUUAAGAGUGUCAGACAGAGGCCGGAUUUUUCCCGCACUGGUCAGUGGGAAGUGGUAACUGAGAAUAGAGAUGGACAGGAGGAGCGUCAUGUCUUUGAUGCAGUGAUCUGCUGCGCAGGACACUACACCUAUCCCAACAUGCCACUUAAAGAUUUUCCAGGAAUUGAGACGUUUGAGGGGAAGUACUUCCACAGCUGGGAUUACAAGGGCCCAGAGGACAUGUACGGGAAGAGGGUGGUGGUCAUCGGCAUUGGUAACUCUGGAGGUGACAUCGCAACAGAGGGCAGCAGAGUAGCUGAGGAGAUGUAUCUGAGCACUCGUCGCGGUGCCUGGGUCAUCCGUCAGGUUUCUGACAAUGGCAUGCCUGUGGACAUGAAGUACAACACACGUUUCGUCCACAUCUUGUUCCAGCUGUUGCCGAUGAAUGUCCUCAACUGGAUCGGCGAGAAGAAACUCAAUGCCAUGUAUGACCACACCAUGUACGCUCUCAAACCCACACACAGGCUCUUCAGCCAGAUCCCAGUGAUCAAUGACGAUCUGCCCAUGAAGAUUCUGUCCGGAGCGGUCACUGUCAAACCGAAUGUGAAAGAGAUCCGUGGCUCCACCGUGGUGUUUGAGGAUGGCACUUUUGUUGAAAAAGUGGAUACAAUUGUGUUCGCAACAGGAUACAACUACGAUUUCCCCUUCUUGCCAAGCAGUGCAAUAUACAAGUCAGGGCACCGUGUGGGUCUGUACAAGCACAUUUUUUCUCCCACAUUAGAGCAUUCAACUCUGGCUGUUGUGGGUUUCAUCCAUGCCCUUGGAGCCAUCAUGCCACAGGCUGAAAUGCAAGCCCGCUGGGUCGCACGCGUCUUCAAAGGACAAAGUAAGUUGCCCUCAAACCAGGCCAUGAUCAAGGCUAUUGAGAAGGACACCAAGGACAUUGAGAAAAACUUUAACGUAUCAAAGUUGACACCCCUGCAGGUGGACUUUGUUACCUACAUGGAUGACUUAGCUGGAGAGAUUGGUGUAUUCCCAAAUCUCCUCUGGCUCUUCUUCACUGACUACCCUCUGUUUAAGAGGGUCUUCUGGGGACCAGUCACAGCCUACCAAUACCGCUUGACAGGGCCGGGGAAAUGGGCCGGAGCCCGCAAAGCAAUCUUCACCCAGUUCGACCGCAUGUACCAGCCCCUGAAAACAAGAAAGCUGGUGGAGCAUGAGCCAUCCACCGCUGGCCGCCUGUUAAAGCUGAGCCUGACACUCAUGGCCGGAGGAGCCACUGUCUACUACGUCCAUGUGCACUACCCGACUGCUAUGUCCACCCUGCUGUCCAAACUUCAUCCACAGACAGUCUAAUACUCCGGAGUCUGCACUCAAUCAAAUCACAGCAGUGUCUUGUGUGUUUUUGGGUCCAAUAUGAUGUCAAAGGGGAAAAUUAAUUGUCUCGUCAUAAAAGCAAAGUAGUGCUGACAAAAGGUACAAAAUAUUGGAGAGGCUUUUUUAAAUAUGGGCCAUAAAGGCAAAAUCAAAAGCAUCAAAAACUGCCAAUAUAGCACAGGACCCCUAAAAAUGCAUGCACACAUACAGGAUUGGCAUAUAAAAACACAGGAAUGCAUACAUCAAACAACAUAUCUAUAGUUUUAGAACCCUGAGAAAUCCACCUAAGUUAUAAUACACUGCUAUUUAUCUUGUGAUUAUAAUAUAAUCUGUAAUUAAUUUGGAGUAAUGUCUUAGUUAGUUAUACUUGUAUCUUUAUAUUUGAUAUAUUUAAACACUUUAUUUCUUCUAAAAAUGUUUUAUGCAACAAUGUCUUUUUAAUUUCAUUUUAUUCCUAUUCCCAACAAAAUCCAUUAUUUGGGGUAAAUCAGUCAUAAAUAAAUAUUGAAAAGAAUGAACACUGGCAAAUGCAACAGAAAGAGUUUUAGAGUCACAGUCUCACACUUUGCACACCCAUUAACCUUCCCAAUAUCCCUGCACCACAUGAAAGUACCACUACCUCCUACAUAGGAGUUGGCAGGUGGACUAAGAGAUUUUGAAUUAGUUGGUAGAGACAGAUUAACUGAAUCUGUCUGAUUCAGAAAUGACAGCACAGAAAUGACAAUUGAUUGUCAAGAUUCAGUGAAUGUCUAAUGGGCAAAUACAAGUAAGCUCACCAGACUAUUUACCUCAUAUUUAACUCUAACAAACUAUUAAUAGGCAAUAUUUUCCAAUGUGAAUAAACUUCA